AAAAAAAGGUUGAGAUUAGAAGUUUAGACAACAAGACUAAAGCUAAGCCGGUGAUCCUGAGCUGGUGCUGACAAAGCUCUCUUAUCCCCCUAAUACCUUAUCACCACCAAUUCCAAGCAUAGCAAAUCAAACUCCUUAUUAUAGUCCUUAUCAUGGUCUUGCAAUUUUAUAAAUAUUCAUUCUCCUCUUCUUCUCAAUCUCUCUAUCUUUCUCAUCAUCAUCAUCAUCAUCUUCUCCUUUGCCCUUUCUUUAUCACCUUCUCACCAAAUUAACCCCCAAGAAAACAUCAAACUCUUCUUCUUCUUCUUCUUCUUCUUCUUCUUCUUCUUCUUCUUCUUCAAUUCUACUUCUCUUUCCAAACAUGAAUGCCCCAACAAAUCCAAAAGCCUUCAAACAAUGGCAACAGAAUGCCGAAAAUUUCACAGAUGUUCAAAUCCAAACAUCCUCUGGCCAUACCAUCUAUGCCAAUGCAAACAUCCUUGCCUUGGCUUCACCAGUGCUGGAGAGGAUGUUGGAACAUGCAAGAAGAUGUUCAUCUAACUCAAGACGGCAAAUCAAAGUUCUUGGAGUUCCUUGCGAUGCAGUCCUUUCAUUUGUUCGCCUUCUCUACUCCUCCAAAUGGAGAUCAUCCGAUAAGGAAGAAGUCGAAGAGAUGGAGAAACACGGCAUGCAUUUGCUUGCAUUGUCUCAUACAUACCGAGUGCAGUGGCUCAAGCGCGUAUGCGAGGCCGGUCUUAUUGUGAGCACGGUGAACGUGAUCGACACUCUUAAACUUGCAAAAUGGUGCGACGCACGGCGGCUUUACAUCAAAUGCAUGGUAGUGCUAACUCAGGACUUGACCGGUGUUCAAUGCGCAGAGUCAUGGAGAUUCAUUCAAGCACAUGACCCACAACUGGAACUCGAGAUCCUGCAAUUCAUCCAAGAAAAGGAUUUGAGAAUGAAGAGGAUGAGAAGAAGGAAAGAGGAACAAGGUGUGUACAUGCAGCUGGUACAAGUGUUGGAAUGCUUGGAUCAUAUCUGCACAGAGGGAUGUACUAAUGUUGGUCCUUUGGAUGUGGAUUUGGCAAGCACGAGCAGAGGACCUUGUGGUAGUUUCUCUACUUGUGAGGGAUUGCAGCAGCUCAUCCUUCACUUGCCAUUGUGCUCGAAGAAGCUUGCCCCUGGUAAAUGCACACAUUGCAAAAGGAUGUGGCAAAUUUUUCGCCUUCAUUCCUCUCUUUGUGCCCGGACUGAAUUUUGCAAAGUUCCGCUCUGCAAGCAGUUUCAAAUGAGGAAACAGGAGGAAGGAAAGGGAGAUGAUGAGAUGUGGAGGCUUUUGGUGAAGAAGGUGGCAUUUGCAAGAUUCAUGUCCUGUUUGGAGAAGACAAAGAGGACAGAGGAAGUCUGGAGAAAGGCUGGAAAGUGUGGGGACAGUAGCUGUAGAUCUGUAACUUCAUCUCAAAGAAGAAAAUGAUUUUUACAAAUUUUCUUUGUAAAAAGGCCGUAAGAUUACACGUGAUUGUUCGUACAUUAAAUUCAUUUUAUUGAGAUUCAUGGCUUUUUGGUA